UCUCACCUCCAGACGGCGUGUGGGAGUUUCUCCGAGCCUCCGUGUGUAGAAAUCUUACGGAGAUUCAAUUCAUAUCUAUGUCCGCGUGUUGCAAAGAAACAUACCGGGGGCCACCACUACCCAUCCAUCCAUCGUGCUCUCUCCUUUGCAUGCUUCUUUGAAACAACUGUCAAAAACUCAAAGUGCCAUCCAUAUUGGGUACGAAGUGCCUGACUACGUACAACUCUGCUUCGCGGAUGGUUGAGUAAAUCUCGGGCAUGGCAGAGCUACAGGACCUAAUUCAAGGUUUCAAGGACAGGCUGGGCCAUGGAGAGCCUCAGGAUGAAGAUGUCAGUGCGGUCAAGCUCUCUGUGUCAAAGUACAGCAGAAGUCAGAUCGAGAGGCAGAGAGAGGAGCUUCCUAUUUUUCGCUACAAGGACAUAAUCGUCGAGACCGUGCGGGAGAACCAGACUCUGGUGCUGACCGGCGAGCCAGGUUCCGGCAAGUCGACGCAGAUCGUGCAAUACCUUCACGAGGCGGGCAUCGCAAAGGGCGGCACCAUCGGCUGCACGGAGCCUCGGAGGGUGGCUGCCAUGUCUCUGGCUCGGAGGGUUGCCGAUGAGGUCGGCUGCACGCUGGGCUCACAGGUUGGUUAUAGCAUCCGGUUUGAAGACUGCUCGGCACCGGAGACUGCCAUCAAGUACAUGACUGAUGGAAUGCUGCUGGGUGAGGCGGUCAGGGACAGUCUGCUGGAGAGCUACUCGGUCAUCGUUCUCGACGAAGCCCACGAACGGUCCAUACCCACCGAUGUCCUCUUUGGAGUUGUUAAAGGGAUUGCCAAACGGAGGUUGGACCUGAAGAUCAUUGUCACGUCGGCAACCAUAGAUGUCGAGAAGUUCUCAGAGUACUUCUUUGAUGCUCCAAUCAUCAAAAUACCCGGCACGACCUUUCCUGUAGAGAUUUUCUACGACAAUAGCGACCCCCCGCUGGACUAUUACGAGGCUUCAAUCCAAACAGCGCUCAAGGUACACAGAACACAACCAAAAGGUGACAUCCUCGUCUUCCUGUCUGGGCAAGAGGAGAUAGAGAACGCCUGCGAAAAACUCGAACAAGAGUCCAAAUGGGUUGUGUCUGCCCUAGAGCUGAUGGUGCUUCCAAUCUUCAGUGCCCUUCCGAGUGAAAUGCAGGCCAAAGUGUUUGAAGAGACACCAGAGGGCUACAGGAAGAUGGUUGUGGCUACCAACGUAGCCGAAACAUCCAUAACCAUCGACGGCGUGGCAUACGUUGUGGAUUCGGGCGUGGUGAAACAGAAGACGUACAACGUCCGCACUGGCAUUGAGUCCCUAAAGGUCACACGUAUUUCCCAGGUUCAAGCAACGCAGCGAGCAGGCAGAGCUGGGAGGACAGGACCAGGCAUCACAUACAGGGUGUACUCAGAGGAUGCGUACAACAAGAUGUCGCCUGUACAGCUCCCAGAGAUACUCCGAAACGAGCUCAGCUCCACCAUCCUUCAGCUCAAGGCUCUCGGUGUGCAUGAGAUCACGAAGUUCGAGUUCAUGGAUGCUCCACCUCCGCCGUCCCUGCGGAGAGGGAUCAGAAGCCUUCAGCUCCUUCAAGCAGUCAGCGACGGGGAGAUCCUGACUGAGCUGGGAAAGGAGAUGUCACUGUACCCAGUGGAUCCACCACAUGCAAGGAUGCUCAUUAAGUCCCUGGAACUUGGCUGCAGCGAGGAGAUCCUUACAAUAUGUGCCAUGCUGUCUGCCCAACACAUAUUUUCUUGUCCAAAGGGGAAACGCAUCCAAGCACGCGAGAAGCACAAACAGUUUCAAGUUCCUGGCAGCGACCACCUGACUCUGCUCAAAGUGUACCACAAGUGGAUAGAAAUGCAAAUGUGCAAACACUGGUGCUACGAGAACUUCAUCCAGUAUCGUCGUUUGCGGGAAGCAUUGUCUGUGAGGAAGCAGCUGCAUUCAGUGUUAGAAAGACGAAAUUUGAACAUUUUGUCCUGCCACGAAGAUACAGACAAGGUUCUGCAGGCACUGUGUUAUGGCUUCUGCCAGAACAUUGCAGUAAGGAACCCAGUGGUCUGGCUUCACCAUUCUCCGGAUCAAAUGACAGUCGUCGACCUUCAUAAGGUUUUCCUCCAUCCUUCAAGCGUCGUUCCCAAGGACUCAGAAUGGGUUGUUUACGACAGACUACUAGAGACAAAAAGACCCUUCAUAAGAUGCGUCAGCAAGGUGGACCCGUCCUGGAUCCCCCGAAAUAUAUUGGAUCUUCAAGUUCGCAAUUUCGCUGCUUUGUUGUCCGCGAUGAACCAAGACCUUGAGAGGGAAAGUCAGCAUGACGAACCUGUCCAGUCCCACGCAACAUGAAAUGUUGUCGGAGGCAAACGCGGCUCUGAGUCAGACUUCUGCCCGUUGCUCGAAAUUACAGUAAUUGAUUACCAUUACAGUUACUUCUACGGAACAAGUAAUUGAUUACCGUUACCAACUGUUCGACUCAAAAUGUAAUGAAGUAACGAGCAGAAAGGUAACGCGUUAAGGCCCGUUCCGACAUAUAGUGAUUUACUAUACGUAUAGCGCUACAAAAUAGCUCAAUAUUUUCCUCCUCGCAUUGCUCCAAACAGCUAAAAAUUAGCACUUGUCGGAGUUGAGCUCGUGUCAACUUUUUCAGCGCUAAUAUUAGCACUACAUUCGUGUUGGCCAACGGUGAGGUCCCACAGUGAUGACGUCGCGGAAGUCGUGGAGUUGUUUCACUUCCGAAUUUCACGGAACGGCGACUGCAUUGGAGCCGGCGAGUCUGUCAUCCAAAAUACCUGGUAAUUUUUCGUUGAGUCAGUUGACUGGACUGGUUCGUCCGCAUGCUGUCGAACUCCGAAGAUGCCAUGAUGGGGAAGGCCGGAAACGACCACCGAACCCUUGCUAAAUUAGAGAGCUAGCACAGCUAUGCAAGUGUGAACCAUCCGAUAACUGUUAGCGCUGUUUCUGCAUGCUAUUUUGUAGCGCUAUAGUAGCGGGAUGCUCUAUGUCGGAACAGGCCUUUACUCCGGUCGUUACUCUGCAUUCACGCAAAUUAUAUCCGUCUUUGUGUUCCUCAGAAAAAGAAACAAAAAAAAAAAAAACACAGAAGGUGCAACGCCGGAACAGCUGAAAUAACAAGAAAGAAGAAUUAAAAAAAGAGAGAGAAAUGCGCACAAGGACAAGGAGAUCUGCACGUCUACUGCAUUUUGUGGCAGUGGAACACGUUGACCCGAUUGUGAAAGAACAUUGUGUGGAACUUCCCCAUGACUCCCAUUUACUUCCCCAUUGACUUGGGGCAGAAUAUCUGAAAGAUAGGCUAAUCUCUGCCGGAAAAGUACUCAAUCAAUUACUAAGUAACUGAUUACUAAAAAAGGUAACUGAUUACUCGAAAAAUUACUUUGACAGUAAAGUAACUGAUUACACAAAAAGUACCCAAAGAAGUAACUGAUUACAAGUAACACGUUACGCACAAGCCUGCUUUGAGUCCGACGGCAACGACGAGACCACGGCGAGCUGUAACCUACACGACGACUCGCAAAUGUCUCAUAUUCUUUUUAUUUUUAAUAAAAAUAUCGCAGUAUAA